UCUCAUUCUGUUGCUGCAUCCUCCUCCCAAACCAAAAACAGCUAAAGGCGCUGCAUUUGCCCGGCUUAAAUAAAGUCUAUAGUCCUGUGUUUGUUGUUUUUAAGUGAUGUAGAAUGGCGUCAGGCUUUGGGAAGAUAGUCGUCGGUACUUAUGUGGAGAUUAAGCGGAGUGAUGGGCGUAUACAUCAGGCAAUGGUGACGUCUAUGAAUGAGGACAAUGAGAGUGUCACGGUGGAAUGGAUAGAAAAUGGGGACACAAAAGGGAAAGAGAUAGAUUUGGAGAGUAUUUUUGGACUUAAUCCGGACAUAGCACCAGAUGAGGAGAUUGCCCCCAGCCCGGAGACUCCGCCCACUCCCACGCCCACGUCUGUGAAAGUCAACAAAAUUGCAAAGAACCGACGGACGAUAGCUCCUACUAAAAAUGAUACUCCCUCCAAGGACAACAGAGCGAUUCCAACUCGAGUCAGACCUCCACAGCCUCCGCAGCCAGAACCUGCUCCACCUCCUCCAGUCCAGCAGCCUACUCAGCUUCAGACACAGCAGCAACAACAGAACGCGAGAAGGAAGUCAAACUGUGUGAAGGAAGUGGAGAAACUGCAGGAGAAAAGAGAAAGGCGCCGACUUCAGCAGCAGGAGCUCAGAGAGAAAAGAGCUCAGGAGGUGGAUACCACCAUCCCAAACUAUGAAAUCUUGUACAUGAUCCGAGAUUUCCGGGCCAGCCUAGAUUACCGGCCCCUGACCACUGCUGACAUGAUCGAAGAGCACAGAAUAUGUGUUUGUGUGAGGAAACGUCCUCUCAACAAGAAAGAGCUGACAAUGAAGGAUUUAGAUGUGAUCACCAUUCCCAGUAAAGACGUGGUGAUGGUACAUGAACCUAAACAGAAAGUGGACCUCACCCGCUACCUGGAGAACCAGACGUUCCGCUUUGACUACGCCUUUGAUGACAGCACGAGCAAUGAGAUGGUUUACAGGUUUACUGCCAGACCUUUAGUGGAGACCAUUUUUGAAAGGGGCAUGGCCACCUGCUUUGCUUAUGGUCAGACUGGCAGCGGUAAAACACAUACUAUGGGAGGAGACUUCUCUGGGAAGAACCAAGACUGCUCUAAAGGAAUCUAUGCAUUAGCUGCCAGGGAUGUGUUCCUCAUGAUGAAGAAACCCAUCUACAAGAAGUUGGAUCUCCAAGUGUACGCGACCUUUUUUGAAAUCUACAGUGGAAAAGUGUUUGACCUGCUGAAUCGUAAAGCUAAGCUGAGGGUUCUGGAGGAUGGAAAGCAACAAGUGCAGGUGGUGGGCCUUCAGGAGAAGGAAGUCAAGUGCACAGAAGAUGUCCUGAAACUUAUUGAAGUGGGAAACAGCUGCAGAACGUCUGGGCAGACAUCAGCCAAUGCUCACUCAUCGCGUAGCCACGCUGUAUUCCAGAUCAUCCUCCGAAGGAAGGGGAAGAUGCACGGAAAGUUCUCUCUCAUCGACCUCGCAGGGAACGAAAGAGGCGCCGACACAUCGAGUGCCGACCGGCAGACCCGUCUGGAAGGAGCCGAGAUAAACAAAAGCCUGCUGGCUCUGAAGGAAUGUAUCCGAGCGCUCGGCCUUAACAAACCCCACACUCCUUUUAGAGCCAGCAAGCUCACACAGGUCCUGAGAGACUCCUUCAUUGGGGAGAACUCGCGCACAUGCAUGAUUGCAACAAUCUCUCCUGGAAUGACAUCCUGCGAAAACACACUCAACACACUGCGCUAUGCUAACAGAGUGAAGGAGUUUGGGAUUAGUCCGUCAGACAUCCCCUUCUCCCAAGGCGGACAGGGGAUUCGCCCCGAGCACUCGCCCACCAAUACCUUUGAGUUCGAUGACUUUGCUGCGAGCUCUCCUGGCAGGGUGAAGGAGCUCACAGUGGACCCCAACCAAGUGAUGGAGGGAGGAAGAGCCAACAUUCACACCGUCAACCAGCUGGAUAUUUUGGACGAGGAGUGGCUGAGCAUCUCUCCUCAGAGAGACGACCUCAAACUGCUCUGUGAGCAGAAUGAGGAGGAGGUUUCUCCUCAGCUCUUCACUUUCCAUGAGGCGGUUUCUCAGUUAGUGGAGAUGGAGGAGCAGGUUCUGGAGGACCACAGAGCUGUCUUUCAGGAAUCCAUCCGGUGGCUGGAGGAUGAAAAGGUGCUGCUUGAAAUGACCGAGGAGGUGGACUAUGACGUGGAGUCUUACGCCACACAGCUAGAGCAGAUCCUUGACCAGAAAAUAGAUAUCCUCAUCGAGCUCAGAGAUAAAGUGAAGUCAUUCCGCUCUGCACUCCAGGACGAGGAGCAAGCCAGUAGGCAGAUCAACCCCAAGAGACCGCGUGCUCUUUAGAGACGGAGCAGAUUUGAGGGCGAAUUCAGAAGCAGAACCACUAGAUGUUUGGCACAACUCUGGCUGUCUCCAGCAGCUGUGAAAACAAUAAAAGGACUGUUUUAGAGCAACAGACUCAACAAAUUGUAUUUGUCCCCAUCUCUCCUAACAGAACUGACUCUACUCACUCUGAUGGUAGAUAUUUUAGGAGGGAUGAAUUGUUUUUCCUUCUAUUUUAGGUGUUUUUUUUCCUUCUGUGUACCUAAAUUAUUUUUGUUCUUUUGUACUUCUUUAUACUUUUAUUUUAAUUCUAUUGACUGGAUGAGAUUCUAAUUGAACUCUUUUCAAAGUUUAACACAGAAACAAUGUUUUUGGUUUCUGCUCGUUCUGGCUGACAUGUCUGCAUGUGCACUCUACCAUAACUUAUCUGUACCUCUGCUUGGGACUCCUCCGUUCACAUCGUGACGUCGUAUUUCAUUGUAAAGAAGCUCUUUGUGUUUAGAGGCUGGGGAGAAAUCUCGAAGCUCGUUGUCGUUUCUUUUCCCUCAGACGUUUUUAACUGUAGCUUGUCCAAAUAAGUGGCAACGACUGACACCAACGUUUUCCACCAACUGUUUACAAAAAAGGAACUAAGAACCGUUAAUAAAUGUAUAGUGAAGACCA